AUAUUUUAGCUGGCGGUUUUUUUUUUUUUGCAAAAUUCAUAAACAUCAUAUUUUAUGUGAAUUGAGAAAAAAACAAUGGAACUUUAUGACAGUCGAUACUUCGUUAUAAACAAAAAGUUGCAAAAAUUGAUCGGCGUGUGGCCCUUCGAGAGUCGAACGAGAAAAAAUUUUUGCCGGACUUUCGGAUUCAUUUUCAUGUUCAUUGGAGUCAUUCCGCAGGUGAUCGCCUUGGACGUUGCGCGAAGAAAUAAGGACUUUGAUAAAAUCACGCAAAGUUUCGCAACAUUUUUAUUCGUACUGGCGAUCUAUUCCAAACUCGUGACAUCGAUAAUGAAGGAAGAACAGAUGAUUAAGUUGUACGAAGAAAUCGUUAAUAAUUGGAAUCAAAUGAAGGAAAAGGACGAUAAAAAAGAGAUGAUUAAACACGCGGAGAUCGGAAGAUUCAUGACUAUAUGUUACGCUGCAUACGUAUUCAACGCUCUGAUCGGUUUCAUAACUUUCCCACUGCUGCCGUCGAUAAUGGACAAAAUUUCGCCCCUGGCCAACGGCUCGCGGCCGAGAAUCUACGUACUCGAGGGUCAGUAUAUGGUCGACCGAGAACAAUACUUCGGCAUAAUAUACAUUCUCGAGGCUGGAGUCUGCAUAAUGAUGGUGGUCAUCUUCUGUACCUGCGACACGGCCUUUUGCGUCUGCGUCGAGCAAAGCGUCGGACUGAUGUCCGUCGUUAAAAUGCGUUUGAAGAAAGCGACGAAAUAUGGCAGUCAAUGGGAAAAAACCGAUCCCAAUAAUACUCCUUACGCGUUGGUGAAAAAAUUGAUCGUCUUUCAUCAAAAAGUCUUGACUUCUGUCGAAAUCGUCGAAUCGGCCUAUUCCUUUUAUCUCUUUGCCUUGAUGGGCUUCAACGUGUUCAUUUUAAGCUGCGGGAGUCUCGUGAUAGUGGCCAACUUGGAUAAUCCCAUGGAGACUCUGAGAUACGGCAUGAUUUUUAUCGGACUCAUGAUACACAUGUUCUUUUUGAAUUUACCCGGACAGAGACUCUUGGAUGCCAGCAGUGAUUUACAUUGCAACGCGUACGACAACGAGUGGUACGAAUGUUCGGAACAGACCAAACAGCUUUUGUUGUUCAUCAUGUUGAAAUGUAAGACCCCGUGUAUCAUAACAGCUGGAAAAAUCGUUAUAAUGAAUAUACAAAACUUCGGAAUCUUGGCUAAAUCUGCGGCAUCUUAUUUUACAGUAUUUGCUUCAUUCAGAUAA